UUCUCGAAUGAAAUCCGUAGUCUUCGAGGUCAACAAAACAACACUAGCCAGCUGUUUUAGGGCUUGAGCUUGGCCGUUCAGCUGAUGUUUGUUUUUGGGUGGUUCGUAUGUGCAUCGCUGUAUAAAUUAGAUCUAUUUAUAACUGACGAUAUUAAUAAUCUCUAUGCAGAUGAAGAUGGUUUCGCGUUAAAUUGUUUUUUUCGACGUGAAUGACGUAAUUGCGAAAACGACGGAGCAGGGAAAACAAAGAUCUGCUGGUCCGUCAUCAAAGCUGGAAAGUAAGGGAGCCAAACGCGCAGCAAAAAUAACUCUGGAUAGUGACUCGUCGGGAGACGACGGUGGUUGUGAACCUCCGCGUAAGAAGGCCCGCAAACAGAGUCAGCCAGUGCAGGAUAAAAUGCAACAGCAGACUGCUAGCAAUGGUUGUGUGCAAAAUGGUGGGGCCCCUUCUUGUUCUGAUGAUGGCCACGGGGAUCAAGCCGCCAACGGGGUUAAUCUAAGCCACACUACGCAGGAAAUUGUGAGGCUUAUUGGACAGUAUCUCAGUAAUGAGGGACUUAAUCGGACAUGCGAAUCUUUAAUGAAUGAAUCGGGAUGCCGUUUAGACCAUCCUGCUGCCGCCAAGUUUCGUCAGCACGUUAUGGACGGAGAUUGGAUCAAGGCAGACCAUGACUUGCAGGAACUUAGACCACUGUUAGGCCAAAAUAACAACAUUUUGGAUAUGAAGUUUUUAUUACUCGAACAAAAGUAUUUGGAGUAUUUGGAGGACGGGCGCGUGUUGGAUGCCUUGCAUGUGUUGCGAAAUGAGUUGACACCCUUGCAGCACAACACUGCAAGGGUGCAUCAACUGUCCAGUUUCAUGAUGUGUUCAAAUACUGAGGAGCUGCAUGAGCGAACCAAUUGGGAAGGAAAAGGUGGCAAGUCUCGGGCCACUCUAAUGAUUAAACUUCAGUCUUUUUUGCCGCCCAGCGUGAUGCUUCCGCCGAGUAGACUUUACGAACUGUUAAAUCAGGCGUUGGAGUUGCAGACUUUGCGUUGCACUCACCACAACACAUCUCAGGACAUUUCGUUGAAUAAUAUUUCUUUGCUAGUUGACCAUUGUUGUUCCAAUGAUGAUUUUCCUGUGCACACUAUACAGGUAUUGAACGACCACUGUGACGAAGUGUGGUUUUGCGAAUUUUCCCCUGACGGUACCAUGUUGGCCACUGGCUCUAAAGACACCAACGUAAUAAUUUGGAACGUCAACCCCGACUCCUGCACCCUCAGUUUGAAAAAAGUGUUGGAAGGUCACAAUUAUGGUGCCGCUUACAUAUCGUGGAAUCCGGACUCGAAACACCUGUUGGCUUGUGGGCCUGAGGAGAGUCCCGAAGUAUGGCUGUGGAAUAUUGAAACGGAGAAAUUUCUUAAAGUAUCUCAGUCACCCGAAGAUGCCUUAACUUGUUGCGCUUGGAACAAAGAUGGAACAAAGUUUGUGGCUGGCGGAGUUAGGGGCCACUUCUACCAAUGUGAUAUGGAGGGCCAUAUCCUCGAUUCGUGGGAGGGCGUUCGCGUCAGCGGGCUGUGUUACCGUAAAGAUGGCAAAACCGUUUUAGCCUCGGACUCUCACCACAGAAUCAGGGAAUACGUCUUUGAUGAUCUCAUCGACCAACAUAUAUUACAGGAAGACCAUCCUAUAAUGACGUUUACCGUCGACAAAAACGACCGGCUUGCGUUGCUCAACGUGGCGACGCAGGGAGUUCACCUGUGGGACCUCAACGACAAAUGCCUAGUGCGCAGAUAUCAGGGAGUGACGCAGGGUCACUUCACCAUUCACUCGACAUUCGGCGGGGUCAAUCAAAACUUUAUAGCGAGCGGUAGCGAAGAUAAUCAGGUAUAUAUCUGGCAUAUCCGCAACGAAAUGCCGAUCGCAACCCUCCAAGGUCACAGUCGCACAGUCAACUGCGUGUCGUGGAACCCGGUCCACCCUCGUAUGCUAGUCUCGGUGUCUGACGACUGCACGAUCCGGGUCUGGGGCCCAAAAGACAAAGUGCCCAAGCCGAUCGGCGUCAGCUAGGAGCAGA